AUGGAUGUAGAGGAAUGGGAGCAAUCGCUCAAGAGGGCGAACUUGUCAGAAGAAUUUGCGGAUGUGAUCCGAGCCCGAGAAAAGAUCGAGCAGUCCAUGAAGAAAGAAGUAGAAGCGGGUAGGAUGUUCGGCCCGUACACACACCAACAACUCAUGAAGAAAUUCAGCUUUUUCCGGUCGAACCCCCUGGGUGCGGCAAUAAACGGAGACGGCUCCAUUAGGCCAAUCAAUGAUCUGUCAUUCCCAAGGGACGACCCACUAACCCCCUCGGUGAACUCGUUCGUAGACAAACUGGACUAUGCCACCACCUGGGAUGACUUUGAAAGCGUAUCAAGAUUCUUUCGGAACCAGACCGGACCCCUCCUCCUAGCCCUGUUCGACUGGGAAAAGGCCUACCUCCAAAUCCCGACAGCAAAAUCUCAGUGGGCGUACCUGAUGGUCCGAGAUUUCAACGGCGGGAUACUCAUUGACACGCGGAUUGCAUUCGGCGGCGUAGCAGGAUGCGGCUCAUUCGGCAGGCCCGCGGAUGCCUGGAAGCAGCUAAUGCUCCAUGAAUUUGACUUAGUUACUGUUUUUCGUUGGGUGGACGAUAACCUAUUUGUUAAACGCCCAGAAUCAAAGGUUGAGAUGGACCACAUUGUGGCCAGAUCGGAAAAACUAGGAGUAAAGACCAACUCAACAAAAUACUCACCAUUCAAAGAAGAACAGAAAUACAUAGGAUUCAUCUGGAACGCUACUAGGAAAACGGUACGCCUUCCCGACGACAAGAAGUACCAGCGAGUACAGCAGAUAAAGGAGUUCCUCAAGACUGACGCCGAGUUCUCCUUCAAACAAGUUGAGGUAAUGGCGGGAAGACUGAACCACGUCUCGUAUAUCCUCCCGCAACUCCAAUGUUACCUGAACAGCUUAUAUCGGAUGAUGAACGCCUGGGUACAUCGGCAUAAAGAACUACCUCUUCCGGAAGGCGCAAGGGUCGACCUAGAAGAGUGGCUAAGCACCCUCCUAACUUACAAAGAAACUAGAAUGAUACGAGACCCAAAUCCAAUAGAAAUUGGGUGGAUGGGUGACGCGUCAACGAGCUACGGUAUCAGGAUAACCAUAGGUCGCCGCUGGGCCCAAUUUCAGCUCACCAAAGACUGGGACCGGGGCCCAGAUCCGAGAAGAGACAUAGCAUGGCUUGAAACAGUGGCGAUACGACUCGGCCUCAUAGCCCUCACCCAACUCAACGUAAAACGAGGGAAGACAGUAAUUGUGUGGACGGACAACACGACAACAGAGAGUGUGAUUCUGAAACGCAAAUCGAAACACCACACGGUGAACGAAGAGUGGAAGCUCAUACAGAGGCUGCUGGUGGAGAUGGGAGUUGGAUAUAGUUUCAAGGGAGAGUUUCAUCUGGCGACAACGUCGCAGAUGCUCUAUCCAGGGGGCGAUAGGAAAGGGAGAGAUCCACAACUCCAGAUUCCCAUCACCAUUCCUUUUGAUCUAGAACACCUGAAAAGAAUCACUGCUAUCACGUGCAACGGCUCUGAGCCCCAAGAACCCACCGCCCAAGAAAGACACUACCUCCUGGGCUACAGGUGGAACACUCUACUCAGCUACAAUGCCGCUAUUAAGAAAUAUCAGAACUUUGCGCGAGAAGCGGGCAAAACCACCUACAGAUUACCACUCACGGCGCAGGAUAUCUUCGACUUUUGUUGCUGGGCGGGAAGAACAGCCGAGUCCUCGACAGCGCACGAAAUCUCAGCAAACACCCUCAGCAAGUACCUCGCGGGCUUACAGAUGUGGCAUGUGUACCACAACGCCACAUACCCUGUCGAUUCCAAGACUAAGGUCGCAACCUUCCUAAAGUCCUCGGCCUACAUCGACGCCGAAACGGCAAAGAAUCCCAGAAAGAAGCCUGUCACCAUCGAGAACCUAGUCAAGCUGACCGAGGUACUGAUUGACGGGGACUCUUUCCAGAAGGCGCUUCUGGACCUGAGUGUGGUCGCGUUCUGGGGAAUGGCUCGCUUGGCCAAGCUCACCUACAACGAGAGCAGCGGCCCGCUGAGGAGAACGGCGUCCCUACUAACCACCGACGUAGAGCUCGUCUACAAGGAAAGAGAGAACCUUGCGAAACUCACCAUUCGUGGCGCGAAGACAGCAGACCCAGGCCAGACACAAGUUAUUUACCUCAAAGAACUCCCCCAUAUGCUCUGUCCGGUCCUCGCCGUCAAGAGAAGAUUAGCCGAAGCGAAAGGGAUGGAAACCUCCUUGUUCGGGUACACCGACCCCCAAGGAGAACGAGCUCACAUCACUCGCCCUCAAGCAACUCGAGCCUUGUCUAAGAUCUGGGGAGCUUGCGGUUUCGAAGGCGUGUCCGGGCACUCCUUCAGAGUCGGCGGAGCAUCGAUUCAGGUGGCCCUAGGCGUACCAAUUAGCGAGAUUUGUAUCCGAGGGCGUUGGGCCUCCGACACCUACAAGCUAUACCUCCGGGACUUCACCGAUGAAGAAAUGGAGAAGACGAAUGCUCUCCUAGCAGAGUUGGAAAGAUGUUGGAUGUUUCAGCCCUCUCCCUUAGCGUAA